CCUAUCUAUCUGUCUGUCUGUCUGAAAUGUACUGUACAAUCCUACAUUAUUUAAGUGGCUUGUUCCGGACACGGACGUGGGUCCACCAAACUCUUGUCGGAUUACAAUAUACUUUGUUGUUUAACAUGCGUCUGAAAUUGUAUAUACUUGUAUAUAAGAGAAGACAAAAUGUCACAGGUAAAGGGGUUAUACAACAUACACAACGCCAAUGUGUCAGUAUACAGUGAACACCCGUUAAUCGGGACAAUAGCUACACGUACAGCUCGUUGAUAUUGAUUCAUAGAAUGUCAUCGUGACAUAGGCCUUGACCUUAAGCUUACGUGGCUUAUUGCGCAGUAUGCGUGGAGAAUGUCGUUCUUUACAAAACCGUAUUUAGAUUCUUUGUUCAGUUUGUGUGAACGAAUUUCGUAAAGUGUAGUGUUGAUAUUCUUUCGUGGAGACAUUGACGAGGUACAAAACGUAGGCGCAGUUCAGUUAACACCGAUUUCAACUAUAUCCUUUGUUCAUCUCGGGAGACACUCUCGGCUGAGAACUGACACGCAUGGACAUAAACAGAGCGAAUUCGUCACAUGGAAGACACGAGGAUCGGAAGGAACAUCAGCUGACGAUGGCGGAUGUCCGGGUGAUGAACUACAUGGGCUGGGCGGAAUAUAUAAUUACCUGUGACAGCCUCCACAAGUUGCAAGAAGGGAUAAAAAAAGAAGCCAACGUAACAGGUUCAGCCCAGUUGGUUCUCUGUAAAGGGGAGCAACUCCAACAGAGUAAUUUCAAGUUUGUACAUGGUGUGAGAAUGCUGUACCUCUUCACGCUUGGCACGAACGCGGUGCAGUUGAUUACCAACUCACAAACUAAUGAGAGAACAACUCCUGGAAUUGACCGUCUGGAUGACGAUGAAUACAUUCGCCGGUUCGAACGAAGUUUAAAAACUGCAAAGACGAAAUUUGAUCGCAUCCUGGAGGGAGCAUAUCAAUUUCAGUAUUUCACGACUGAGACACUCAGUAUGUUGAUCAAGCAUAUUGAUGGGUUGGAGAUUGUGUUCAAAGAAAUUAGGAAAAGAGUAUUCUUCUUAUCUGCCUUGGAGGAAGCUAAAAGCAAGGUGAUGCUGACUGACCAAAAACAAAAGGAUUUGCUUCAACAUAUUAAAAUGUUGCUGGUCAACUUGCCUCGGCGGUAUCAGCAGUGCAAAUAUAAUUUGUCUCUCCAAGACUACCUGCAGACUCAGCUUAAAGAAGACGAGAAGGACAAAGCAUUCUUAAGAGAGUUACAAGAGCGGCAGUUCGAAGCUGAAAGAAAGUUGGCACUAAUCGAAGAGUUCUACGACCCUUUCCUGGACCUUUCUGCUGGCCGGCAGAGCACGGUUGUCCAAAGGACCAGGAGAGAGUGUGACAAAUUGCUCCUUGACAUUAAAACAAUGCUUUACAAUCUGCACUCGAGGUACAUUAAGAAAAUCAGGCGCCAGAUGAAGAAUUUUGACGAUAUACGUCAGAUACAAAGGGACAUAGACAAGAUUGCAAGUGAUCAGAAAACGAUGACAGACAAAGCUGACAAGGAUUCGUUCUCUGGUGCAAGAAACCAGACAGGUUGCUAGUUGGUGGGAAGAAAAGACAGCCCACAUCACGAAAAUCGAAGAAUGUGAAAUUCACAGUUCUGGCUAGCUGUUUAAAAUCUCACUCAAAGAAGAGUUCAAAAUUGAAUGUCAAACAAAUUUGAAAAACAAAUCUAAAUUGUUGUGGCUACCCUUUUGAAGGGUAUCGAGUUCAACAAGGCUGCAUAAGAGCAAUAUAUCCCCUUCAUACUCUUAUAUAAAUAAAGUGCAAUUCAAACUCUAGGUUGAGUAUGUCUUAUCCAUAUUUACGGUUUGGAAUAUCUGUUGAUGUCCCUCGCAAUGUUCAGCAGAAGAGCUGUCCAAAGAAACUACUUUGACUUCAAUUUUGGAUUCUGAGUGACCAUAUCAUAAAAGGUACCUUCUAUGAAGGAAACACUUAGGAGGUAGCAGCUGAUGAAUACCUGGGCCUACCUUGGAGAUCAAGCCAGCCUGUAUGUAUUGUGUUCAACAAGAAAGAAACGCUCGGCUUUUGAAAAAGACAUUUGCUGACACAUAAGAUCAUUGGGUAGCAUGUUGCGUCUUGUACCGUGUUUGUUCCUUGUAAGGGACAUUAUGUUUGCAACUUAUCUCAGGCUGUAAAUAUUAUUUUGCAAUGGUGUUGUGUUUAGACAAACGUAACGUACGACCAUCACCUGACAAUACCAGAGAGGUGUGGAUGUCCUUCAAACAUGCUGACUCAAACAGACUGCCAUUAGUUAGUCUUGUCCAUCUUGAUUCGAUACCUUUAGAUAGCAACGUUUCAUUUAUGUGCCUUUAUGCUUAAAUUAAAUGUUUAUUAUUUUACCUGUUACAUGUGCCGUUUCAAAAGAAUGAAUAACGAUGUGACUGCAUAAUGGUGCACGCACGCACGCACGCACACACACACACACACACCACACACACACACACGAGAACUGAGUUAAAAUAUUGAUUAAAACUACCGAGCGCCAGAGAGGAUAACAACAAGUACCAUCUUUUAACGUAUUUUGGUAUGGUGGGUGAGUGAGAUGGGUUUAAAGCCGCUUUUAACAUUAUUUAAGUUACAUCACGGCGUGUCAGCUUAAUGUGGGAGGAAAGCCCGAAGUGAUGCAGGUCUCAGACGUUUACCACUUUGGUGAAACCCACGAGCACGGGUAUGGUGCUGACAAACCUAGAAACAUAAUAGGGGCGAACCGAGUGACCUGUUAGUAAAACGGCGAUAUGGUAGCAAUACAUUUUCAUAACAUGUGAACUGACACUGUCCUUGGUUUGAUUGUUACUUUCAUGCAACCUUUCAUGAAGUAAAUUUAUUUCAUGCGGCAGAUGAAGAUUCUUGCCGAUAUGAUAACUUAAGAGUUGGCUUCCAUUGUCUAUUGCUAAUCACCUAUCAGCGCCAAGCAUCUGUUGGCUUCCUGUGUUAGCUUCUACCCUUUGUUAUUUUCCACCUUUUGUUAUCUUAUUAAUUUGUACAUAUAUAUAUCUCUGUCUCAUGGCAUUCAUUCACCUGAUGAAGGAGUAAGCAUAUACUCCCAAACGUUGUGUUCCUCAUAAUAAAGAAGUUGACAUCCAUAUAUUGUCUUCCUUAUGUGUAUCACAUGGAAUUUUCUGAUUGCACAUCUGCGACAGAAUCAAGUCGUACACAUUGAAAAUACCUUGUGGCGCACAUUUAACACGGAAUUUACCGAGUUCCACACAUGCGUAUUUUGGUAUGGUGGGUGAGUGAGAUGGGUUUAA